UUCCGAUUCCUUUUCUCUCUCUUUAUGAAUGUUUGUUGCAUAUCAUACUACAAGUAUCUACUCCUGCAUGCAGACAACGACAUCAAAGAAGACGAUCGACUGAGAGUGAAAAGUGGCCCCUCUUCUCUGUAUUAACCCCGUGCCAACGUUCCACGUACACCGUUGUUUUAGCUAGUGGAAGGUUCAGGCUACGAUGAAUGACACCGAAGUGAUUACCCGAUACCUGUACUUGGGCACCGACCAGCCGUUCUACAUACAAAAAAAUCGACCAUUCGACAUCGAGGAAGGAUGUCGCAUUCUGGCUCCUAUCCGGACUCUGGUUGCAGCCACCAGCAGUAGCAGCAGCACCAGUGAUGAUCCGGUAUCGAAAAAACAGGCCGAAGGUGUGACACUGACGGAGUGUCCGGUCGCUACGAUUACUAAGGCCAUGAAAAGCGGCUUACUAGUACGCAAUGAUGAAUGUCUCUUCGCGUUAGCCUUCCUGGCGCGUUCUUUCAUAAAACCCGAAGAAAAGCACAAGGUGUAUGAAGUUUUACCGACGCUCAUUGGAAGCUCCAAGGAUUUGUUUCUGUUUGUUGACUUUUAUCAAAAGUUGGCUUCAAAACCAAAUGGAAAAGGUUUCGGCAAUGGUAUGAGGGUAGCUCUCACCAAAUGGUACGAUAAACAUACGGCGGAAAAAUUGGCAGUGCUACUGUCGAUGGAUCGCGAUUGGUUUAACUGGAGCCACAAGGAUAUUUUAGUAAUGAUUCAUAUUAACCUGAAAGAUACCGCUAAAAUGCAAGUUGUUGAUGCAGCACUCGGAGGUGCAGGACGGAAACGUUCCUUCCAGUCGAAGCAGGAUAACGAUUCCGGAAAGGCAGAAUCCGAUACUGAAACUGAAGUUCAACAGGAAGAUAGUAAGGCACUAUCGAUCUAUCGUCGUAUGAAGAAAUUCAAAUCCGUUCGAACGGCUGCGGAAGCAUCUGCUUAUGUUACUGCUCACCAGUAUUCGAUUGAUAUGGUUCCUUCUCAGCUGCAUCGAUCACCGGCAGUAUGGGAGGCUGCCUUUCCGCACAUGUCCUAUCGAGAUAUUGUGAAGAGUGCACUUGUACUGCAAGACUACAAACUGCUGAAGGACAAUGACACACAACUAUCGGAAGCCUACGGUAAUGUGCUCAAUCGCAUGACGUCGGUAUCGGAAUCGAAGAUACAGCCCAUCUGCAUCUAUCAGAUCAUGCGCUUGUUUGAGGAACGUCAGCGUUAUCUGAACGUUGUCAAAGAAGCGGUCCAUACUACCAAUAAUUUAGCUCUGAAAAAUUCAAUCGCAAAUCCAGCAGUUCUCCGACAAUUCUACAACGCUCUGAACCAUUCAAUGCUGAACUAUCAACGCACUGGGCUUAAUUUUCUAAUCACACUGGACUUGAGAUCGAAACAAACAAAAAAACGUGUAUUUGGAAACCGACUUAUGUCGACACAGGCAGCGUACGUACUGUUGACCCUUCCCAUGUUCAAGCGGGAGACACACUUGCAAGUACUAACAUUCACCGAGGCGCCGCAUAUCCUAGCCGAUGUGGACUUCACUCGGGAGAUGGCUUUCUUUCAGGGUUGUGAUCACAUUCAAUCGAUUGCCAAGAAGAAAACUGUGGUCGACAUCACGCAACCGAUUCAGUAUGCACGUCAAAAUAAAAAGAAAGUGGACGUUUUCAUUACAAUCGUUGACUCUUUGAUCCGGGUCAAUCCCCAGCGACACUCACCGGUUGUAGCACUGAACAAUUACAACACCGAAACGAAGAGGAGUGCUCGCUAUAUCAUCAUCAGUUUGAGUCGUCACCAGCAGGAUCUGAAUCACAGAGAUAUGGCAGCUACCAAAGGGAUACUCGAACUGGUUGGCUGUACCGAGGAUACACCGAAGUUGAUCGAAGCCUACAUAAAACGACAGUUUACGUAAGCUUCGAAUGAAAGUUUUUUUUUCGACGACGAUCGGAUCUUUUAUAUUUGUGGAAACAAAUGAAUUCAGUGAUAAGACGGAGGACGACUCUAAGGGUUUUUUAAAAUGUAUAGAUGUUUGACGUGAAUUUUCCAGGUAGGAUAUAGGUGAUUCGGUUUGGUAAGGAUAAUCUAGCUGUACUUGCACUAAUAGGCAUUAAUAGCAUAGUUUUCCCUUAUCCUAUCAUCUUAUCUAGUUCGUAACCGUGAACUGGAAUUGAUCUUCUCUGACACUUCCUCCGGUAGAAUACUGGGGUGAAGUAAAUUAACAAUAAUUAUUAUAAAAUAGUAUCUUAAACUAGAAAAGAUGGUACACACAAGAGGUUACACAUCCAAGAGAAACUGCCGGAAACACAAAUUCGUCGAUAUAAAAAUUGGUUAUUGUUUCGUUAAUGGACAGUUUCACUCCACAGUAAUUUGCUGUAAAAUUGGAUUUAAUUCUAUUGAAUCAACACCGUUUCUAGGUUGGAAUGCCAUCCGCCUGCUUUAAAUGAACAAGAAAUGCUCUAUUUAAUGUUACACUCGAAGUUACGGUAUUCCAUUUCCAGGUUCUCUGUUGAGCAUAACUUUGGUUGAUUUCUGUUGCGCAAUUCAUCAUCAGGUGUUGAUUUUCUAUCAGUAGCUAACGUAGUGUGCCUGCAUCGAAACAUCCAACAAUUCUACAGAUCGAACCGAUGUCGUUGUAGUUUACUUCUUGCAAUACGGCGGACACUAAAACUGAUUAUGUCACCGAAAACCAUUAUAUCGAAUACCGUUUUGCAGGACCACUUUUCAAAACUAGCCCAAAUAAGACUGAAUUACUUAUAAUCAGCAAUCAGACAAUUCAGACCGUAACUAUCGUAACAAAUAACUCACUCACAUAAAUCAGAAUUCUUAACAGAAACAUUGAAGCAGAUUUUGAUACAUGUAUCUGUUCAGAAUACGUAGUUUCGUUACUCUGAACGAGGGUGUGGGUUACAAAACUCCAUUUACGACAUUAACGGGUUGUGCACUGCUUAUGUGGUAUGAAAUCAGUUGUAACAGUCCAUUUCAAAUGAAAGAUAACAAUUGAGAAAUGAAUAUUCGUUUGUGAUUUUCAAUACAAUGAAAUAUUGAUAUACUUUAGGAUAUUAUUUUUUUUAUUAAACUUAUGUCGUAUCAUCAACACAAUAGAAGCAUUUGACGUUCUGCACAUUGAGCAAAUCUGUCAAUAACUUCAUCAAUAAAAUGGUUUUGACGUUGCAACUGAGACAGCAACUUGUUUUCUACUGCUAUAAGCAUAAGCUACUGAAGCUCCUUCUGACUGACACUAAAACACUAACACAGUGACAAGAUGUACUUGAAAUUUUGUGGAAUUGCUGUUUAAAAAUCGCUCAUAAUUUUAUAUUCGGUACCAUCCGACCUGCUUUCAUCGAAUAAAUUGAGAAUCUAAAAAAACAAUUUCACUGAAUUUUACCGGUUGUGCAGUGCACGAGAUGCACAUGAGGACGAGGUUCCAGUAACGACAAAUUCCGUUUCUCCCAAGCGACAGAUUCCGUUAUGGUUACCAAUUUGCAACGAAAGAUACGAGCUAUCUUUAUUGCAAGUUCGCCAGAGAAUUUGUCACUUGAGCAGGAAAUGUGCGUCUGUAUCGUAUCUUUAUCUUGUCAUUCUACCAACUGCUUCGGUGUUCUCCAUGUCUUCGUUAAUGAAACUUGGAAGAAUUUCGUAUUGUAUCCGCUUUGGCCCUGCUCUCCUAUAUAGUUUCUUAAGUCUGAAAUGGUACACACGAAAGGUUUUCUAAUCUGCUCUGAUUGUCUCCAUCUUUGUUGAUGUUUUUUUUUUUGUAUUUUUUUUUUGCAUCCGCAUAGUGGGAUAUGAAUGCUAAUUGAUGAGUGAGUGUAGAAUUAGUGAGGAACUGAGCAAAUGUAAUGAAUGUCAGAGAAAGUACCUAGCAUUCUACAACACAAUUUAAGAGAGAGCUAAAUUUAACAUGCAAUCAAACUACUAGGUGUGCAGACGUUGGACGAUGUUGUCCACGUUGUUUGAAGCUCCCAGAGGUUGCAAAGAGAACAUGAUUUCAUUUCCCUUUCUGGGCCAAAGAGCAGGGGACACAGAAAUAUUGAGUUAAUACACGUUGCAAUCCACGCACACAUACAUACCACCAAUCAUGUGAGAUUUGAUUAGCAUAUUUUAUUUUUUCCACAGAUCAUUGGAUAAUAUCCGUUCUGUCUUAAUCAUUGCAAUGUUCUGAGGACCAUGAGCAGGUUCUUUGAGAAAUAUAUGGAGUAUUUUAUUAAUCGUAGUUCCGUGCUGAGAGUAAUGAAGUUAGUAAGAAAGAAAAAAGGUAUUGUGGAAAGAGAAACAACAAAGCAUUCUACAAUCGACCAUAUUGCUGUCUGUGACAAGAAUUACAUGUAUUUUGCAUGGAAAUACUAGGUGUUAUUGGAUGAAAUGGUCCUCGUGAACCGUAUUAUUCCAGAAACACACAUCCCACAUCACAUAUCUUUAAAUGUUAUCGAAAAAACUAUUAAGAUUACUUUCCUUGCAAAUCGAAGGUAAAAAUCAUCAGUUUAGUGCAAAUCUAGAAACAUUUGAUAGGUUGUGCACUUUUCGCUGUGCGAAAUUCGCACCAAAGAAAUGCAAAUAAAGCCAGCAUAUGGAAUACCAAUAUCGUAGAAAAUACCACCUUUUGAAAUGAAUCCCUUGAUUCCAUCACUCAGCUGCUGGUCGUUUGCGUACGAAUAACAGAAAAAAUACAUUAAAUGGGCCUGAAAUAUAAAAAUGAUAAUCUGAAAUGAGGUAUUCAAGUUUAAAAUUCUAUACGUUAGUGUUUUUGUAACCGCUAGAAACGCUCUUUUGAACUUUUGAUCUAUUAUGUUCAUUGUUAGCUUUUCAGUGCAGCUUUCGCUUCAAACAAAUGUGGAAAAUUAAUCAAAGUAUGAACAUAGCUGAAAGAAUACAAUAUACACAAUUAUGGUCAAAUCAUUUAGUUCCAAACCUUUUUCAGUAUCUCUACAUAAAAUCAAGUAAAGAGUUGAUUGAACUUCCUCAUAUACAUCAAUUUGAUUUAAAAAUCGAUUUUCAAUCAGAAUAAGUUUCGUCACUAAUACGACGUGCAACUUCAUGAGUCCACGACUCGGUGCGAAACGUUUGCGCUGUAGGGAAGUGCACACAAGCAUGUGGCAGAUUUACUUUAUGUGCCGUUCGUUAAACGCCAAACCUUUUUGUUUGGAAUUUUGCACGUGGCAAUAAUUGUCAACUGUGUUGAAAGUUGGAGAAAUAGUAACCUUCGGAUUUUUUCAGAAUCCAGAGCAUUUUUACAAUGAUUUAAUGAGAUUUCAACUGAAAUGGAUAAUUUAUUAGUAGAACAAUGUUAUUUUGGUACAUGUGGAUUUUUAAAGUCGAUUGCGCGGUUAUGUUUCUAACUUUUUUAGAUAUAUAAAAAAUAGGUAUAGAAUUCGCUCAAACUUUAGAAAAAAAUUUCCAAGGCCCGGAGGGCCGAAUGUCAUAUACCAAUCGAUUCAGCUCGACGAACUGAGCAAAUGUCCGUGUGUGUGUGUAUGUGUGUUGUCAACAAAGAGGUUGAGAUCGAGAUCGAGAUUUCGCCUUAUUCCAUCUGUAGCAAUUUUGAGCGCUGUAUGAUAACGCAAUGCUUGGGAGCAACGUGAAACACGAUUUUUUAUACUGUUACAUACAAUUGUUUCUAAGUACCAAAAAGACUGCGUACAGCAUCCUUUUUCAUGACAAUUUGCCUCGGACCGAUUUUAGAACGGUUCGUUUUUGGCAACAUAAUUGUUCGAAUGACACAUGUAAACCUGAUGAUGGCAGCAUUUUCGAGUUGAAAGCAAUUCCAUAAUUGUAUUGGUUUAAACUACUUACAGCAAUAAAUGCUGGAAGAACACAACUCCCAUAUACCAUUCGAAUCAGUUCGUCGAGAUCAGCAAAUGCGUGUGUGACAAAUAAUUUCACUCAUUUUUCUCGGAGAUGACUCAACCGUUUUCUACAAACUCAGAUUCAUAUGAAAAGUCGUACGCUCCCAAACAAGGUUCCUGAAUUAUGUUUGGAUCCGACUUCUGGUUCCGGAACUACAGGAUAUGUGAAACGAAUUUAAAAUAGUGUAACUCAUUUUUCUCGUAGAUGACUGAACCGAUCAAAGAUUCAAAUGAAAUCUUAGAACCAUCUAAGAUUUAAAUAAAAGGUCUUGCUUUUUAGUCAGAUCCAACUUCCGGUUGAUUAGUAUAACAAUGUCCAUUCCACAUAAAUUAAUCAGGUUUAUCGGGUUUGCAGAUUUGUUUCUCAAAGAUCAAUCGUUUUCUCAAAAAAGGCCAAAUCGAAUUUCGUAAACAAUAAUUCAAAUUGAAAGACUUAUGGUCCCAUACAAAAUGGUGAAUUUUACUGAUUCCGGCUUCCGAUUCUGGAAUUACCAAUAUAUAAGUUAGACUCAAAAUUCUUGCAAUUUGUUCGUCAUAUUAAUUUACGGUCGUAUGAACCGUUUUGGGUUAUGCUGGUUCCUGUAUACCGGCUCUGGAAGUACCGUAAAUAACCAUAAACUCUAAAGUGGAACCUACUUCGACAUAUCAUGGACAAUCGAUUGUCACACUUUUAGAUUGAAAUUCCAUCCGAUUUGCAGUUUCGACAUUACAGAAUAAUGAAUAAUAAAAAUCUCAAAUUGCCGCCAAAAACGACGCUUCUUAAAAUAAUGUCAUGAAAACUGAAACACCGAAGAAUAUUCAUGCAAAAACACAUGCGAAUUGAUAAAAAAAAGGUAUCAUCUCGCUGUUAGGUGGAUUAAAUUGAACACGUUUUUUUUUCAAAUAAAAUAUUUCCUAAAUGAUACUUAAUAUACCCCGGCAUACCAAAUCAAAUUACUCUUUUCCACUGCACAAUAACUAUCUUUGCUGUCUCCGUCCGCAUCUCCAGAAAGUAGAAAUAGGAAAAUUUUCGUUAUUCGAUCGAGCCAAGUGGUAGUCGGAUGACCCCAAGCCUAGGCUAAAUAGCGGGUGUGGUACAGGGAUGGCAGGUUCACAGAUUAAUAUGUGUUUCACAGAUUUUCAAUUUUCUGCACAGAUUUUAAAAUGACACAGAUUUUCACAGAUUUCUGAAAAUUAUCACAGAUUUUCACAGAUUUCUGAAAAUUAUCACAGAUUUCCACAGAUUCUGGAAUAAAUCACAGAUUUUUGAAAUCGAGCACAGUUUAACAUUAAAAAGUACAGAGCGUGUUGGUAGUGAGACCUUGUUUUUUGCUCACCAAAUUGAUUUUGAUCUGCUAUUAUGGUACGGAAAACGGGCACAGAUUUUCACAGACGGGUUUUUGGCUUGAUCACAGAUUUUUGAAAAAAAUGACCUGGCAUCUCUGGUGUGGUAAAGUCUCCCAUUCACUACUGUCUAUAUUUACAUCUCGUUUUCGACCAUGUAUAGUCUCGUGGUAGUGCGGUGAAAUUCUAGUAUUUCAUGGGGAUUAUCACUGGUGAAUUUUGUAAAUUGCAUUGCGAUGUUAUUUGCAUUUUCACACAUAGAAAGGUUAUGCAAUGACUGUGGAAUCCAAUUUUUGUACCGAGGCCCGUAGGGUCAGGGCUUGCAAAUUAAAGCAACGAAUCAUAACAAAAGAGUUUCACCCUCUGUGCUAUUCACACAUUCGUAUGUUAGGUACAAUUCACAGCACAACCCGAACAAGCAGAGUUGCUUUGUUCGUUAAUUAAUUGUGCGUCAGCUGAUGAGUAUGCUUCAUGAGGUUAGCAUUUGGUGAACAGUUCUCGUACACAAGUUUUUUUUUCAAAUAAAAUAUUUCCUAAAUGAUCCUAAAUGAUUAUACGGGGUAUAAUGGCUUACCAAAUCAAAUUACUCUUUUCAACUGCAAAAUAAUUAUCUUUGCUGGCCAUCUGCAUCUUCAGAAAGUUGAAAUAAGGAAAAUUUUCGUUAUUCGAUCGAGCCAAGUGGUAGUCGGAUGGGCCCAAGCCUGGGUUAAAUAGCGGGUAUGGUAAAGUCUCCCAUUCACUACGGCCUAUAUUUACGUCUCGUUUUCGACCAUGUAUGCGUGCAUAUCUCAAAGAUGGGUAAACUGAUUUCCAUAAACUGAGAUUCAAAUGAAAGGUCUUGUGGACCCAAUACAAAGUUCCUAAAUUUUGAGCAUCAACUUUUUUCCGAGAUGAUUCGAUUCAUUUGUGUUUGUUUCAUUAAUGAUCAUGUGAAAAGCUACAAUUUCCUUGAAAAUUGUUCUAUAGUUUGUAGAUCUUGUGUUUUAAGAAAUAUUAAUUUUUUACGACGACAUGCAGUUUGUGUUUCUGGCAAACAACGGUUUUGGUUAUUCCAACUCACUUCACUCAAAACAUCUCUUCAUUUGUUCACACUCUACUGCUGAAGGAGAUUUAUUUAUUCGUAGUACCGUUCUGUAGUAACAAACCGGUCGCAUGGUCGACCGAAAGGUUUUGUUUUAAACGUGAUGAUUGUAAGACGACAAUAGUGUGAUAUUUAGCAACUAAACAAUGCAGCAAUCCAAGUAAUCGUGAAAUCAAAAAACAAAACAUAUUUACCGGUUGGUUGAAUACUACAAGUAGUAAAAUUUAACUAGCCCUCCUAUCCUACAACGACAAAGUCUGAAUCCAAAGAACCAAUAAUCUUUGCCAUGCAAAAUCAAAAGUGUGAAUAUGUUUGUAAAACCGUUCAAAACAAAAUAGAGUAGCAAAGCAAAAAGGCGAAUCGUACUAUUGUUAUAAUGCAAAACAAAAUAGAUAGAUAUAUUUAUAUGUUCUUUGUUUCUUUUACUAUUCCGGCUGUUUAUGUUUACUAACAAGUCUCCUUCAGUUGGUAUCCGUUCACUACUGGGACUAUUCAUUCGGUGCAAAACAAAUGACGGUAGUAUUAGGCAAAAUACUUCACUUUCUAGGUUUAGGGUAAAACCUGUGAAAGUAGUAAUCAACACACAUACAUAACUAUUAAUCAUGAAAGUGUAUUUCCCAUAUGCAUAUGGCACGAGUAUGAGUUAGCUUUUAAGUGUCUUAUUUCUCCUUCUAAAGCGAACUGAGUUUUAACAACAAAAACAAGUUCAAACUCAGCCUAACUGUUAGUGCUUAAUGAGUGUUAAUGUGUAAGAUGUGGUAAAUCCAAGAUGGACGAUUCGGUACUUGAUCCCGUACGGUUAACGAUGUGACAAGAUCUGCUCCGUACGGUGAUCAGGAUAUCAGUUUCAUUGUAGUUGUUUAAGAAACGUUAACAGUAAUAUUAUCCCCUUGCAUAGGCAUUGAAAUGGUCUUAGUCGUAAACGGUUUAUUCUCAUCUCUAUCUCUUAUCUAAGGAAAGGAACGACGCUGCAGUGCAACUGAUUUGGUGACAAAAUAUUAACCAGGAGCACUGGAAGCAUCGUUCGCUAGUAGUAACACAUACAUUAGUGCUUAUUAGAGUUUGUAAGUGUCACAUCGGCACGGAAUGAAAUAUUAAGCUUAGAUUUUAGCACGUUUUAUCCGUACUCCGUAAUGUACUCUAAAUGAUCGGUUUUUCCCAACUGCAAUCCCCGCACUAACGUGACCGUGUUUCUCGAAUCGUCUCCGAGCACGAAUCGCAUCGAAAAAUCGUUUUUUGCAGACAACACAAAAAUCAACAACUUCUAGCGCUGUGAUUAAAAAGAAAACCAAUAGAAUAAAUUGAAACCACUAACCCAAUCCUAGGAAUAUUGUUUGCUUAGUAUCUCGUUUGUUUUCAAAUGUUCACUAAACAAAGUGGUUCGUUCGGUUAGCUUUUGAAUGUUGUAUGUAGAAAAUCAAGAAAUGAAAACAAACAAACAAACAAAAAAACCGGCAAAGAUUUCAUUUUCUGCUCAAACAAUGUGGAACAAACAGAACGCACUCGAAUUAGAACUGAACCAACAAAUAAACAUGAAUGGAGUUUCUUCAUUUCAAUUUGAAUAGACUGGAAAACGCCAAGUGCUUCUUAUCUGGGAAUAUAGUGAAAUUGGUUUUUGGACAACACUAAACGAUAGAAAAUGUUUUCGACUGAAAACCAGUUUAAUUAACUGACAAACUGUUUAGAAUCAUAAAAAAGCUGUUGAAGUGCCGAGCGAAAUAGUCUAAUUAAUUCACUCAAUGUUUACUUUGAUUACAACCGACCUUCUGCCGUAUCGGCGAACCGGCAGAAAUAUCAGAAUUCAGGGCAACUAUUGUUUUUUAGUUUUGUUAGCGUUUUAUCUGAUAAAUUUAAUUGUGAAUGAUUUUAGACUUACAAAUCAUGUAUCGUUCAUUGAAACUUGUGACACUGAAAUAUAGUUAUAAGCAGUAUUUUCCCGUGUCAUGCAGACACGAAUCCGAUGACGCUUUUCUUUAGUGCAGAGGCAAAACCUAUGUUAUUCAGCAAUAGAAAAUUAUCUGUAGGCACAUACACACACUAAAACAAAUCAUGAAAUCAUCAUUGUAAGAAAUCAAACAACCAGAAUUUCGUUCUGAGGGGCAAAUCUGGACAACGGCAAGCAGUCAGUGUUCGAGAUUAUAUAGCGAUUUUUAUUUCCUAAGGAAAACUCAUUAACGAUACAAACUGUCUGUUGAUAGAUAUAUUUAAAAUAGUAUUAAAUACGAACGGAAAACGAAACGAGGCGCUUAACACUGUAAAAGAGGCAAUCUAAGUAAAUUACGUAUAACCAAUCGAGCAGGAAAAAAAAACAAGUGAAACCAAAAGUAAAUAAAUUACAAAAUGAAAUUCAGGAUCAGCACUGUUCUGGAAAUUUGUUUACGGUAUCGAUUAUUAAAAUAUUUGUUAGCUUUUAAAAUCUAAGUCACCUGAAGAUGUUCAUUUCAAUCUGAAUUUAACAGAAACUGUACAAAACAACUUACUGUACUAAGCAAGUUUCCCGAACGGUUGCCAUUCUACCACCAAAUGUUUCAUUUCUCUCAAUUUCAAACGGGUAUUAAAAUGUAACCACACUCACACAAACGCAAACCAAUAUUCUAUCAAAAGUAUAACACAGAUGGCCAUGUCCACUCCGAAUUUGCCCCUUGACGAAAAGUUAGUUGAUAGUUUUUGUUCUCAGAUUAUCAAAUUAGGAUAAAAAUAAAACAAGGAAAAAAUCGAACGCAAAAAUCAUAGACAUUAAGGCGAACAAUAUACCGGAAACCAAACAUAUAUUUACAUGAGAUCUUUCCACCAGUUAAAACCAAAUUAGGAAAAUUCGAACAUACGCUCGCCUCAUACGGUGAGAUUCGAACACGAAAUAGAACGAUUGGGAGGGUCAAACAAAAAGGUAUUUUUCGUACUAAACAAAAACUGAUAACCAGGAAACGCUUUAAGACUAGAAUAAAUUAACACACACGUGAUCAACUAAAAAGAACUCAUCAAUGAAAACAAAACAAAAAGAAAACAAUAAUUUGAUCGAAGCAACCCGCCGCUUCGGUCGGUCACCUAACAAAAAAAAAACGGAAAAGUCAUGUAUAUUAACAUUGUUUUUUGUAAUUAAUUUUUCAAAACGCCAAUUCGUGAUGAGAACAAAAAACACAUCUAUUUUUGCUAUGAGCAAGACUUACGAAAACAAAACUGCAGUUUCGCUAUACUAAAAUAAUCGAAUACAUUACAAAUUGAAUAAUAACACUGGAGAAACGGUAGAUAAUAGUUCUUAAUUGAAAACCAAGCGAUUGUGAUCUGAAAUUCCAAUAUAUAUUUACACGAAAAUUUUAAAUUUCGCAUAACACAAUAAACAGGCGGAACUCACAAAAGAAAAAAAACGGACUAAACAUUGAGCAUCACCAAGAGCGCUUUGAGUUUAUUUUCGUCAAAUCUUAAAACGCCAGUUCAUUCAUAUUGAUUUUACUUUACUACAAACACGUUUCAGCGAACCUGUUUUAAAGAUAAAAUAUUUAAUUAGUUCCUCGAAAUUAUAUAAUUAAUAAACGCCAAGUCAGUACAGUUCUUAUGAAAUUUUAGCAGAAACAUACAAACUUACAAAUAUGCUGCUCCUUCUUAGUCAUUUGUUGUACUUUUUUUUGAAUUUGUUGAUAAACCUAUUGAAAUCCUUAUACAGCCAAGAAAGUAAAACUAGAAAAAAAAUAAGCAUUUUGAGAUGGACGUUCCAAAGUCAUCCAUGUAGGUAUCCAGGAACCGAUUCAAUAAAUUCGACUUUACUGUUUGACAUUCAGUUCAAAUCAAACUCACAAACAA